AUGGGUCGCUGGGGAAUGCGUCUUUUCGAGGGCGAUCGGGAUCUUGACAUCGCCCUGGAACUGAACUGCACGUUCGGCGAAGACGACAAAUAUUUGCACCUCUCAUGCCUAGUCCACCAAACCGACAUGCUAGCCCCUACCGAGGCGCGAUAUUUCUACGAGUCCGAAGAGUACGUAGACCAUCUCGACAACCUUUUGGCCGACGCCCGCGAGAGACUCGACGCCAAUGGCACGGGGGACAAGUUCCUCGCCCACUGGCGGGCCAAGGAGAGCGACCCUGGUGGCAAAUACCGCUUCAUCCUGUCUGGGGCCUUGAUGAUGCGUGCUGGUGCCAAGAUCAAGGAAUCAGACUUUGAACAUCUGCGUGAGCUCGUGCCUCAAAUCCACUGCAACCCGGGCUAUGCCCUGCCGAUAUUCGACGAGGGUUUCCGCGGACCUGGAAGGGUACAAUUCAUUCGCGCUCUUGUUCAGUACAAGGAUGGCACUCCCCGCAACUACCAGGAGCCGAGCUGCUUCAACUGCGGCAAGGUAAAGGCGGACAGUGGGAAGGCGCCUUCGAAGUGUGGACAGUGCAAGGGCGCGUGGUACUGCGACCAGGACUGCAAGAAGGGUCAUUGGAAGGCACACAAGCCUAGCUGCAAGGACCCCAAGACUAGGGUCAUGCUCAAUGUUUGA